AUGGCCGAAGAAUCUGAGGAUGCCAUAGAAUAUGUGGAGAUUAUAAGUAAACGACUCACUGAAUUACUCGACCUUGGCUUUCAGCUGAGUUAUAGUGUUAUUGGUAGCAUUCUUUAUUUAUUUGAAGAUAGAUUAGAAGGUAUUGGUGAAACAUUAGUGAAAUCAUUCAUAAAUGUAAAACAAGAUUCUCGGGAUAACUUGUUAAAUCGUUGUUUGAUAGAAACAUUAAGACCUAAGCACAGUUCUAAUAAACCUCAAGUUUGGAAUUUUCUAUAUAAAGCCAUGACAAACAAUCCUGAGGUGGCAUUCACUAAGGCAUUUGAAUAUUAUUUAAGAAAAAAUGAAAAAUUAACAACAGAAUAUGGAAUUAUAAAACUUUCAUUACCAUCGAAUUUUUAUAAUUGGAUACUUAUCAAAUUUGGGUUAGAUGCACGAAUCACAAGACUUUGCUUUGAGGACAUAUUAAAAGCACGUGUUAGUAUAGAUAAGGCAAUUACAGCAAAUGCUAAUACAGAUAUACCUAACGGAAUAAGCCAAUACGAUUUUCAUACAACUUGCAAUAUUUUUAAAAUUUAUUCUCCAUUAUUUAGAUAUUACUUACCUGAUUUAUUUAAUAUGAAAAUAUCAUUUGAUAUGCCGAUGCAAAUAAUUGAAGAUACGGAUGACAUUUUUCGUAAUUAUCUUCAUGAACUUAUUUAUCAAAACUUUCCAAAUUCAGAAAAUGUCAAUUUAAAUUAA